AUGGGUGACUGGAGCUUUCUGGGUAACAUUUUAGAGGAAGUUAACGAGCACUCUACGGUGAUCGGCCGGGUGUGGCUCACGGUGCUCUUCAUCUUCCGUAUCCUCAUCCUGGGCACGGCGGCAGAGUUCGUGUGGGGUGAUGAGCAGUCCGACUAUGUCUGCAACACGCAGCAACCUGGAUGUGAGAACGUGUGCUACGACGAGGCCUUCCCCAUCUCCCACAUCCGCCUCUGGGUGCUGCAGAUCAUCUUCGUCUCCACGCCGUCUCUGGUGUACGUGGGCCACGCCGUGCACCAUGUCCACAUGGAGGAGAAACGUAAAGAGCGCGAGGAGGCAGAACUUAGUCGGCAGCAGGAGCUGAGUGAGGAGCGUCUCCCUCUGGCACCUGAUCAGGGAAGUGUCCGCACCACAAAGGAGACCAGCACCAAGGGAAGUAAGAAGUUUCGUCUGGAGGGCACCCUGCUAAGGACCUACAUUUGCCACAUCAUCUUCAAAACCCUGUUUGAGGUGGGCUUUGUGGUGGGCCAGUACUUUCUAUAUGGCUUCCGCAUCCUGCCACUGUAUAAAUGCAGCCGUUGGCCCUGCCCCAACACAGUGGACUGCUUUGUGUCUCGCCCAACAGAGAAGACGGUCUUCAUCAUCUUCAUGCUGGCCGUGGCCUGUGUCUCACUCUUCCUCAACUUUGUGGAGAUCAGCCACUUAGGCCUGAAGAAAAUCCGCUUUGUUUUUCGUAAGCCAACUCCAGCCCCAGCCCAAGGUGAGGGGUCAGCGCCCCUGCCUCUUCAAGGAAAGAGUCUGCUCCCACUAGCAGUUCCCGCUCUGCAGAAAUCAAAAGGCUACAGGUUACUGGAAGAAGAGAAAGCUCCUCCUGUAAUGCACCUGUACCCUUUGGCUGAAGUUGGCAUGGAGGCCGGCCGAGGGACCCCACCCUUCCAGGGUCUGGAGGAGAAGAUGGAAGAGGUGAUGCCCAUGGAAGACAUCUCUAAGGUGUAUGAUGAGACUCUGCCCUCCUACGCUCAAACUACCGAGAUAGGGGGAGUGACAUUACACGAGGAGGAGGCAGAGGAGGUGCCUCCGCCCGAGGUUAAAGCAGGGAGAACAGCAGAGAGUGUGGAUGAGGAUGUAGAGGCAGAGGUGAACGGGGAGAUGGCAACUCCAGACGAAGCAGGGAUGGAGGCCACUGAUACAAUAGAGGACACCAGACCACUGAGCCGACUGAGCAAAGCGAGCAGCAGGGCCAGGUCAGAUGAUCUCACCGUAUGAGCCUGUGAGAGAAAGCACGCCUUCCCACCAAAACAAACAAACAAACAAACAAAAAAAAAAAACGAGAGAGUACACACAUAAGUCAAAACAAAGCACACUCGUAAACAGGCAGGAAAAUACGUGGAUAGAAAACAAAAAUUAACAGGGAUAGAAAAGACAAUUCUGAGUGACAA